AUGUGCUCAGGCGGCUCGUCUAGGUCGGGCUCGGGAGGCUCGGGAGGCUCGGGCUCGGGCUCGGGCUCGGGCUCGGGCGGCUCGUACUCGUACUCGGACUCGGGCAGUGGGUCCAGCGGAAAGUCGGAGGAACACGAUGGUGGCCAUCCGGUGGCGCUAUCGUCCAUCUCACAAGCGCUGGAACACAAACUCGUGCGCCGAAUGAAACGAGAUGAUCUUAUCUCGAGAAACAUUCUGCAGCGUGGUGACGUGUCGGCAGCAGUGCUCGAGCGGCAGAAGGCUCUGGUGCGAUCACGCAUUCAGGCUCGCCUCAAGCGGACGUUUCGGACGCGCCCGUCCAUGGAAAAGCUGCAAGAGUCCAACAUCAUGCCGGCCAACAAGCUCUCGCCCUCGCAUCUGGAGGCCCAGAAGCGGUUGGAGAAAAGGCAGCGACUGCAGCUGCUCUCGUCCCGCCUCGCCCGCCGACCUUCCAUCAACGUCCUCCGCGAAAAGGACAUCAUGCCUGUCGUCGCCGUUAAUCCGCGCACAAACACCGACGACGAGUUUCUUGAAGAGUCCGUCUACCCGGUUCUCGAUGCUGCCGUCGAGGCCCUCCUCAAGGCACUCGCCUCCAAUGCCCAGAAGCGCAACGCCGGCGUGGCCAACGUCAAGCCCAUCAACCCCAUCAACUGGCUCGCCCAGCACCUGAUGCGAACCAAUCCGCGCUACAACAAGACCUACUACAAGCACGCCAAGCAGUCGCCCUCGACAUAACCUGUC